CUGAAACUACAUAUUUUUGAGACAGCUCUGCAAGCACUUCCGGUGUCAAAGUUUGUGUUGUCAAGAUGGCUGGCCAUGAUCAUCAUCAUGACUAUCUGUCUCUGUGCUUAUGCGACUUAAUCAGGUAAUAAUAAUUGAAUAAAUGUUGCUUUGUUUCUGAUACUUGUCGUAGUAAAUGUAGCUCAUAGUUACCUAACGUUACAGUCCUCGCCAACAGAAAUGGGAUAUGAAUAAAGAAUGAACAAGUGACCGUCAAAGCUACCUAACGUUAGUUAGUAGCCAUAUCUAUGAAGAAGAGAAUACAUUUUACAAUCGGAGUAAUUUGUAUAGACAAAACAUUGUCGAAAACUAGUUAAAUUCCUAGUUGGCUAACUACUCAGAAUCAGUCAGUCAGCCAGCCACCAUGGUGUUAUAGUUAGUAGUAUAACGUUAAUUAUUUGUGUCUUCUAAACAGAUUACUAUGGUCCAUGGUGCUGCCAUGCGUGUAUCUGAGCUUGGUGCUGACGCUGCUCCUGUUUUUACUCGUCAUGGGGGUCCGAAUAUGGCUGCAGAGGAGUCGGAAAGCCCGCCUGGCUCAGGAUAGCACCCCAACUGUGGCCUUCUUCCACCCUUACUGCAAUGCAGGAGGGGGCGGGGAGCGGGUGCUCUGGUGUGCCCUCAGAGCGCUUCAGAAUCGGUAGGUUUACGCAGUCUGAGCCUAUAGUUAGAUGUCAAUGCAUUCGUAGAGUGCUCAUGAGCUUCAUAACCUACAUUUUCCAUUCCUUCAUCUCUUGAUAUGUUGAGUUAUGUCUCUUCUGUGUCUUCCCUCCCAUAGAUACCCAAACGUUUCAUUCGUUGUGUAUACCGGUGACCAAGGGGUGACAGGGGAGCAGAUCCUCGAGGGCGCCCGACAACGCUUCAACAUCAGGCUGCCUCAUCAAGUGACUUUCAUAUUCCUGAAGAACCGUCUCCUGGUGGAGGCUAGCUCCUACCCCCACUUCACCCUGCUGGGGCAGAGCAUGGGCUCCAUGUUCCUGGGCUGGGAGGCCCUCACUGCCUUCGUACCAGACCUCUAUAUGGACUCCAUGGGCUAUGCCUUCACUCUGCCUAUCUUCCGCUACCUGGGGGGCUGCAGGGUGGGCAGCUAUGUGCACUACCCCACCGUCAGUACUGACAUGCUGUCUGUGGUGAGAGAGAGAAACCCAAGGUCAGAACUGUUUAUUUUAAUUAUAUAAAGCAUAUUGAUAUGGUUAUUUAUUGUGACACAGAAGAUAAUGUAUUCUUUAAUAGUUUGGUUGAUGUGUUUUCGUUAUUCCUCUGCAGUAUUUGUAAUCAUACACUCCCCCCUACAAUCCCAACAGGUUCAACAAUGCAGACUACGUCUUUGCUAACCCUCUCCUAAGUACAGCCAAGGUGAUGUACUACUGUGCCUUCGCUCUGAUCUACGGCCUAGCUGGCUCCUGCAGCGACGUCGUCAUGGUCAACUCUACCUGGACACUGGGCCACAUCCUGGCCCUGUGGCGCACCCCCAGCCGCACCGGCGUGGUCUACCCGCCCUGUGACGUCCGCUCCUUCCUCAACAUCCCAUUGGAGGAUGAGGUGGAAGGGGAGGGGCUCGAUGACAGGAAGUGCCAUUCGAUAGUGUCCGUGGGGCAGUUCCGACCAGAGAAAGACCACCAGCUGCAGAUUAGGGCCUUCCGGAAGCUUCUGGACAGGAAAGGGGUGGGUCCAGGAGGGCGGGAGUCUCUGAGGCUGGUGUUGAUUGGUGGCUGCCGUAACCAGGAGGAUGAUGAUAGAGUGCUGAUGCUGAGGGGGUUGUGCCAGGAGCUGGGUGUGACAGAAAGGGUGGAGUUUAAACUUAACGUUCCCUUUGACGAGCUAAAGAGGGAGCUGGUGGACGCCACCAUUGGUCUGCACACCAUGUGGAAUGAGCAUUUUGGCAUAGGUAUUCAUUUUAUCUCUACCAUCUUAUUAUCUGUGUUGUACAUUCCAAACUCAUUCAUCUGAUCCCUGUUCCUACUCUCUGCCUCCUCUCUCUCCUGUCUCAGGUGUGGUAGAAUGUAUGGCUGCAGGGACAGUCAUCCUGGCUCACAAGUCCGGUGGCCCCAAGCUAGACAUUGUGGUUCCUUAUGAGGGCGGGCAGACUGGCUUCCUGGCAGACAGCGAGGACAGCUACGCCGCUGCCAUGGAGACCAUCCUGGCACUGUCACCGUCAGCAAGGCUGGAGAUCCGGCGGAAUGCUCGACGGUCUGUAGACCGUUUCUCCGACCAGGAGUUUGACGCCAGCUUCCUGUCUUCCAUGGAAUAUCUGAUGGGAAAGCUGGAAUGA